ACUUUAUAUAAUGCAGCUGUCAUCGAUUGUUUAUAAAGGUUGGCCUCAUUACAUCGUAAUCACGUAGUUUUCACUUUAAAGUUUCAUUGAAAUUGGCUUUUCGUCCAUCGUUACUUGUUACUAUGAGUCAUCAACCAAAAAGGCAAAGAAGUUCUCAUCCAAACAAUCAGAAUCGUAAUGACGAUGCGAUCGCGGGUCCGUCGAAUAUGGAAAUAUCGCCAAACAUAUUUAAGCUGAACAUCGAUUGUUUUGACGAAUUAUUUGAAUAUUUGUCGCUGAAAGACUUGCACUCAUUCGGUCAAACAUGCAAGCUAAUGAACAGAGUGGCCGGCGAGUAUUUCAAGCAAAAUUAUUCAUCGGCUCCAAAAUACUGCAACAAAGAUGGAAUUUACAUGAUUUAUUCGAACAAAGAUGGUGUCGUAUCAGAAGUAACUCAAGUACCAGAAUUUAAUCAGUUCACUAAAUGUAUUAUAUUUAAAUUUCAUGAAUACUUUGGCCAAUUGAUGGAGGACUUUUUUACACAUUCUGUUGAAGCUUCACGCGCUUCAAACGAAGCGCUUCAUUAUGCUGAAUCUCAUAUCAGUGAAUUUAAGUCAGUUGAUCACAUAACGUUGAAGCGAUUCGGUAAAAUAAAUCAACAAACAAUUAAAUUUAUCGAACAUUUUUUGCCUCAAUUGGAAAGUGUAAAAAUCAAUACAUCGAAGAUAACAUGUAAUUUGUACGAAGCGAUGCUCAAAAACUGUCACAAUUUGAAGAAGAUUUAUGUUCAAAAAUCGUCCAUGAUUGAUAAUAGCUGGAUUUCACAAGAGUAUCCCAAGCUUGAACAUUUUGAACUUUUGGACGACAAUCAACAUCAAUAUAAUGAACUAGGUGAAUUUUUUGAACGUAAUCCAAAUCUCCAGACGUUUUCAAUUAAUUUUCGCAUUUUAUGGAAAAGUCGUGAAAUUUUUUUAAAUUCGAAAAUAAAAUUGAAUAUAUUGGUACUAAAGAUCGUAGGUGGUGAUACAUAUAGUGGCGGACAUUUGAAUCAAUUUGAGGACUUAUUAAAUCAACUCUAUGAACAAGGGUUCUAUAAAGAAUUGCAUUUUUAUAAUAAUGAUAAAGAUAACGCAUACGCAUAUAGUGAUUCCUUGACUUCGUUCAAAGAGCUCAAACUAUUGUGCAUUGAAACAUUUGAUCAACGCUUUAAUUUGCCCCAAUUGAUCAAUCUGACUGAAUUAUCGUUCGAAUAUCUACGUGAAUAGAAUGUCAAGGAUUUUGAAUUUAUAGCAAGUAGUCUCGUGAAACUUGAACGUCUUUACAUUGGUAACUGUGAAAGCAUGCAUGUUAUUAUGCCAUUCAUUCGUCGAUCACGAAAAUUGAAAAAAAUCAAAGUGACACGAUGGUUAGAAGGCGAAGUUCUGAAUUUGCCAAUGUUGAAUGAAGAACGCGCUAAAUUGGCCAAAGCACAGAAAAUAACGUUUUAUGUGCGUGACGAUGUCUUCUUGGCUACUAAAUGGGCAACCAGAAACGGUGACACGAUUUUGAGCUCCAUCGAAAUGAAACGAGCUGAUUCGUUAAAACGGCAUUAUUCUUAUUGAAUACAAUUUUUGAAAAUGCAAAUAUUCAUGUGUGCCAAUUCGUUUUAAUGGAUCUUUCCCGUAUAAUAAGUUUUUUUUCUGAAAUAUAAAUUUAAUAAUUCAAACUUUCUUUAAUUCAAUCGCAAAUGUACCUAAAUAAUGUACAGAUUUACAUUUUGCAGAAACAAAUUACAAUUGUAACGAAGCAUUACAGUAACGUCAUUACAAUUGUAACGUUAGAUUCUAGCAUUACCAGUAAUAGCUAUUGCUAUUCUUAUAACAUUGCUGGCAAUGCUUCGUUACAAUAAUAAUGUGUUACUCAACGCUUCCGCUAACGUCAAAAAUCUAACAUUAAUAAUAAGACUUUUCAAUACAACUUUAAGUCGGAAAUAUAUUUACAAUAGAUGGCGUCUGUGUCUGCUCUAAGCUCAUCAUUGAAGUUUUUCAUCAACCCAAUCAAUUUCAAUGCUGAGCUUGGAGCAGACUCAAGCUCCAUCUAUUGUAAAUAUAUUUUCAACUUAAAGUUUAUGUUGAAAAGUCUCAAUAUUAAUGUUAGAUUUUUAACAAUACGGGUAACACAUUGUUAUUGUCACAAGACAUUAUCGGUAUUAGGUAUUGAAAUUGUUAGAUGUUAGCAUUACAUUAAAAGCUAUUAUAAUUUUAUUAACUAUUACAGACGUUUAUGUUAAUGUAAUGGUUAGUAACAUUACAAUUUCAAUGCUGGUAAAUCUGUAAAUAAUGUGUGGACGUUUUUUUACUAUUUACUUAUUUUCUAUUAUUUUCAUAUUGUAAGA